CAUAGUGGAAUGGAUAGCAACAUUAAUAAAAUUUCAGAACCGCCCGCCGCUACUACUGAUAAUAACGAUGAUAACCCUCUCGCUGAUAAUCCUCUACCUCUCGCUUCUUCAGUAGCCGCCGCUACUACCGAUAAUAACGAUGAUAACCCUCUUACUGAUAAUCCUCUACCUCUCGCUUCUUUACCUCUUGCAGAUAAUUUUCCACCUCUCGUUUUUCCA